AAUAUGAACAACUGCUUUAUUAUUCUAUAGUUCGGACAUACUAGAAAGUCGCUACAAGACCAAUCGUCAUAUUACUAGAACGAUUGUUUAUUUCGCUGCGCAAAAAUACGUUCCAUAUCUUGCUAGAAGACCUUAAUGAGAGUGAUUUGCCACUGUGGUUAUGAUCUUCAGCUUUCUUAUUUGAAUUGUAGGACAAAAUGCAGAUCGGUCAGUCGAGUUCACGGAAAGGUGUGUUUAUCGGGAAGACCUCGAUGGGAGUGAUGUCAGUAUGCCGAAAGUUGCGCAGCUGUGAUUAGUGAGGAGUAGGCCUACCGGAAGAACAUAAGAGAAAACACCGUAGUAGUAGCAGUGAGGCGGAUGAAACUGGAUUGCCUGCAAGCAUCUCUGAUGGAGGUCCACACGACAACUCCAUUCCCGGAACCUUCCGACUGCCGGAGGUACGAAGAGACACACAACAAUGCAACGGCUUCAGAACCCGAGUACAGUGGUGGAUGCCGCGUGCCUGGUGAAGACAUUGCAGGGUGUCGGAGCAGUGCGUCGCCUGAAGCUCUGCUAUCUGUCACUUCUGCUUCACAAAAUACCAACAAUGUGCAUUCGCUGUCAGAUGUGACUGCUACUAAUUUGAAUUUGCAGCAGUUGGAAAUUGCAGUUUCUGAUGCAGCUGACAUCACAGCACGCAGUACAGACUCCUGGCGUGUGACCAUUGAUGACAUGUCUGAUGAGAUUUUGAUAAAGAUCUUGUCUCACAUGUCUUUCAGUGAGCUCAUAGAUGUUAUACAAAAAGUGUGUCCUCAUUGGAGAAGGCUGUCCCAAGAUCCAGAGUUGUGGGAUUACAAGGAAUACCAAAUCCGGUACUGACCUUCCAGUGACACACACACUUGUAAAGGUGGCAGAACUGACCUGGAGGCGAUACAGACUUUCCGUGAUGCCCCAAACCGGCGCAAAGUAUGCACGUAUCGGGGAGCCACACCCCGUGUCUUCUGCACCCUAUACUACAAAUGCCAGGGACUGUCCGAACUGCGUCUGCAUGUUGCACAGAAGCUCACCUACUCGACCUGUGUUUGAACUAUAAAUUCCUUCCUAAAAUUUGGUUGCCUGCAGAGGAAGGCUGUGCUAGGACCCUUGUGUUGGUCUCUUCCAGCCAUUUAUCGCUUACGGCUCGU